GGCAGCUAGCGGGAUUGCGCAUCUCUGGUCGCUGGUCCCGGGUUUUGGAUGAGCAGGCGGGCAUCUCUGGACCUUCACUGCAGGCGGUGCGCGCCGACUCUGGGAACUCAGAGACGCGGGCUGAGGGUCCGUCGCCCAAACGAUGCCUGAGAUCAGAGUCACUCCCUUGGGAGCUGGCCAGGAUGUGGGCCGCAGCUGCAUCUUGGUCUCCAUUGCGGGCAAGAAUGUCAUGCUGGACUGCGGGAUGCACAUGGGCUUCAAUGAUGAUAGGCGCUUUCCCGACUUUUCCUAUAUUACUCAGAAUGGCCGGCUGACUGACUUCCUGGACUGUGUGAUCAUCAGCCACUUCCACCUGGACCACUGUGGGGCACUGCCCUAUUUCAGUGAGAUGGUAGGCUACGAUGGGCCCAUCUAUAUGACCCACCCCACCCAGGCCAUAUGCCCUAUCCUGCUGGAGGACUACCGCAAGAUCGCCGUGGACAAGAAGGGCGAGGCUAACUUCUUCACCUCCCAGAUGAUCAAAGACUGCAUGAAGAAGGUGGUGGCUGUCCACCUGCACCAGACAGUCCAGGUGGAUGAUGAACUGGAAAUCAAGGCCUACUAUGCAGGCCAUGUGCUGGGGGCAGCCAUGUUCCAGAUUAAAGUGGGCUCAGAAUCUGUGGUCUACACGGGUGAUUAUAAUAUGACCCCAGACCGACAUUUGGGGGCUGCUUGGAUUGACAGAUGCCGCCCCAACCUGCUCAUCACGGAGUCCACAUACGCUACAACCAUCAGAGACUCCAAGCGCUGUCGAGAACGAGAUUUCCUAAAGAAGGUCCACGAGACUGUAGAGCGUGGUGGGAAGGUGCUGAUCCCCGUGUUUGCACUGGGCCGGGCACAGGAACUUUGCAUCCUGCUGGAGACCUUCUGGGAGCGCAUGAACCUCAAGGUGCCCAUCUACUUCUCCACGGGCCUGACUGAGAAGGCCAACCACUACUACAAGCUUUUCAUCACCUGGACCAAUCAGAAGAUCCGGAAGACCUUUGUCCAGAGGAACAUGUUUGAGUUCAAGCACAUUAAGGCCUUUGACCGGGCAUUUGCUGACAACCCAGGUCCUAUGGUUGUAUUUGCCACACCAGGGAUGCUACAUGCUGGCCAAUCCCUGCAGAUCUUCCGGAAGUGGGCAGGAAAUGAGAAGAACAUGGUCAUCAUGCCUGGCUACUGUGUGCAGGGCACUGUGGGUCACAAGAUCCUUAGUGGGCAACGCAAGCUGGAGAUGGAGGGGCGGCAGGUGCUGGAGGUUAAGAUGCAGGUGGAAUACAUGUCAUUCAGUGCCCACGCUGAUGCCAAGGGUAUCAUGCAGCUUGUGGGACAGGCAGAGCCAGAGAGUGUACUGCUGGUGCACGGCGAGGCCAAGAAGAUGGAGUUCUUGAGGCAGAAGAUUGAGCAGGAAUUCCGGGUCAGCUGCUACAUGCCUGCCAAUGGCGAGACAGUGACACUACCCACAAGCCCCAGCAUCCCUGUAGGCAUCUCCCUGGGGCUGCUGAAGCGAGAGAUGGCACAGGGGCUGCUCCCUGAGGCCAAAAAGCCCCGGCUCUUGCAUGGCACCUUGAUCAUGAAAGACAAUAACUUCCGGCUGGUAUCCUCAGAACAAGCCCUCAAGGAGCUAGGCCUGGCUGAGCACCAGCUGCGCUUCACCUGCCGCGUGCACCUGCAGGACACACGAAAGGAGCAGGAGACAGCCCUGCGUAUCUACAGCCAUCUCAAGAGCACCCUGAAGGACCACUGUGUGCAGCACCUCCCUGAUGGUUCUGUGACCGUGGAGUCCAUCCUUAUCCAGGCUGCUGCCCACUCUGAGGACCCAGGCACCAAGGUGCUGUUGGUUUCCUGGACCUACCAGGAUGAGGAGCUGGGAAGCUUCCUCACAGCGCUGCUUAAGAAGGGUCUCCCCCAGGCCCCCAGCUGACACCUGGCCUCCAAGACUCACCACCUCUGCCCCUCACAAGGACCUGGGCUUUUGCUCCAGGACCAUGGGCGCCCUGGGUGAAAAGAGUCUAUGAAUGGGUCAUAGAUGCCAUCCAGGGACAAGGUUAGAGUCACAAGCCAGCCUGAGUAGACAUUUCUGGCCAAAGCAAUAAAUAAGCCUCCAGGACCUCCUUGCCUUUUAUUUCUACUUCUGGGCCCCUUAAAAGAUAGGUGUGGAGAUUCCAGAAGAACAGAACCAGAGGCCCCUUGGGGGUGCUCACACUUGUCUCUUGUCCCCCUUUCCUAUACCAGUCCCACUCCCAGGGUCAGAGAGGGGUGUCCAGAUAGCAGGACUGGGCAGGUGAGGGCCAAAGGGAAGCAGGAGGCUAAGGAGGAUUGCCACAGCCUCAGGUGGCUGUGGAUGCAUUGGCUCAGCCAACAUGAACCAGUCCCACUGA